UCGGCUGUUGUGCUGACGGGGUGGGUUUCUGCUGACCCCGGCCCGGCUCAGGCCGCCUGCGGAGCGGUCCAGUCCCGGCAGUGGCCGUCCGUCCCUGUCAUUGACCGAACGCCCGCAGGCCUGGCCGCUCCCCCGCGGGGAGAACUUCUCAGGGCCAUGUCCAGGCCGAGCAGCGUCUCCCCGCGGCCGCCCGCUCCUGGGGGCGGCGGGGGCGGCCCAGCUCCGUGCGGCCCUGGGGGCGGGGGCCGGGCCAGGGGGCUGAAGGACAUUCGUAUAGACGAGGAGGUGAAGAUCGCGGUCAAUAUCGCUCUGGAGCGCUUCCGAUACGGGGACCAGAGAGAAAUGGAAUUUCCUUCCUCUUUGACCAGCACUGAAAGAGCCUUUAUUCAUCGAUUGAGUCAAUCUCUUGGUUUGGUCUCUAAAAGUAAAGGAAAGGGAGCAAAUAGAUACCUAACUGUGAAGAAGAAAGAUGGAUCAGAAACAGCUCAUGCAAUGAUGACCUGUAAUUUGACUCAUAAUACAAAACAUGCUGUUAGGAGCCUAAUUCAGAGAUUUCCUGUCACCAAUAAAGAGCGUACUGAACUUCUACCUAAAACAGAAAGAGGAAAUGUGUUUGCAGUUGAAGCUGAAAACCGGGAAAUGAGCAAAACAAGUGGGCGACUCAACAAUGGCAUACCUCAGAUUCCAGUGAAAAGAGGGGAAUCGGAAUUUGAUUCUUUCAGGCAGUCUCUGCCUGUGUUUGAGAAACAAGAAGAAAUUGUUAAAAUAAUUAAAGAAAAUAAAGUAGUUUUGAUUGUAGGAGAAACUGGGUCUGGAAAGACCACGCAGAUUCCUCAGUUCCUUUUAGAUGAUUGCUUUAAAAAUGGUAUCCCCUGCCGUAUAUUUUGUACCCAGCCAAGACGGUUAGCCGCAAUUGCUGUGGCCGAAAGAGUUGCUGCAGAGAGAAGAGAAAGGAUUGGUCAAACAAUUGGAUAUCAGAUCCGAUUAGAAAGCAGGGUUUCUCCAAAGACACUUCUGACAUUUUGCACUAAUGGGGUAUUGCUUCGUACGUUGAUGGCAGGAGAUAGUACAUUGUCAACUGUGACACAUGUUAUUGUGGAUGAAGUACAUGAAAGAGAUCGAUUUAGUGAUUUUUUACUUACAAAGUUAAGAGAUCUGUUGCAAAAGCACCCAACUUUGAAACUUAUUCUUUCUAGUGCCGCCUUGGAUGUAAAUCUUUUUAUAAGAUAUUUUGGAAGUUGUCCAGUGAUACAUAUACAGGGAAGACCAUUUGAAGUGAAAGAAAUGUUUCUGGAAGACAUCUUAAGAACUACUGGAUACACAAACAAAGAAAUGUUAAAGUACAAAAAGGAAAAACAACGAGAAGAGAAACAGCAAACCACCCUUACAGAAUGGUAUUCGGCUCAAGAGAAUACUUUCAAGCCUGAGUCUCAGAGGCAGAGAACUGUUCCCAGUGUGACUGAAGAGUAUGAUUUAUUGGAUGACGGUGGUGAUGCUGUCUUCAGCCAGUUGACAGAAAAAGAUGUGAAUUGCCUUGAACCAUGGUUAAUAAAGGAAAUGGAUGCUUGUCUCUCUGACAUAUGGCUGCAUAAAGAUGUCGAUGCCUUCGCUCAGGUCUUUCACCUUAUUUUAACUGAAAAUGUUAGUGUUGAUUACAGGCAUAGCGAAACCAGUGCAACAGCCCUCAUGGUUGCUGCAGGGCGAGGUUUUUCAAGUCAAGUAGAGCAGUUAAUUAGCAUGGGAGCCAACAUUCACAGUAAAGCAUCGAAUGGCUGGAUGGCUUUAGAUUGGGCCAAACACUUUGGACAGACUGAAAUAGUGGAUCUUCUAGAAUCAUACAGUGCUUCACUGGAGUUUGGAAAUCUAGAUGAAAGUUCUCUGGUUCACACAAACGGAAGUGACCUCAGUGCAGAAGACAGAGAGCUCCUGAAAGCUUAUCAUCACAGUUUUGAUGAUGAAAAAGUAGACUUGGAUUUGAUCAUGCACCUUCUUUACAAUAUCUGUCAUGGUUGUGAUGCUGGUGCAAUAUUAAUUUUCCUACCUGGAUAUGAUGAAAUUGUUGGACUGAGGGAUCGCAUCCUGUUUGAUGACAAGCGGUUUGCUGACAACACACAUAGAUACCAAGUCUUUAUGCUUCAUUCAAAUAUGCAAACGUCAGAUCAAAAGAAAGUAUUAAAAAACCCACCUGCCGGUGUUCGAAAAAUAAUCCUUUCCACCAAUAUUGCUGAAACCAGCAUCACAGUCAACGAUGUUGUCUUUGUUAUUGAUUCUGGUAAGGUGAAAGAGAAAUCCUUUGAUGCACUGAAUUUUGUUACAAUGUUAAAAAUGGUGUGGAUUUCCAAAGCUAGUGCCAUACAACGAAAAGGCAGGGCAGGGAGAUGCAGACCUGGAAUUUGUUUCCGGCUGUUCAGUAGACUCCGAUUCCAGAAUAUGUUGGAAUUUCAGACUCCAGAACUUUUGAGAAUGCCAUUACAGGAACUUUGUUUACAUACUAAGCUGUUAGCUCCAGUGAACUGUCCUAUUGCCGAUUUCCUUAUGAAAGCUCCUGAACCCCCACCAGCUUUAAUUGUAAGAAAUGCUGUACAGAUGCUUAAGACAAUAGAUGCAAUGGAUGCUUGGGAGGAUCUCACUGAGCUGGGAUAUCAUUUGGCUGACUUGCCCGUAGAGCCACAUCUUGGUAAAAUGGUCCUGUGCGCUGUUGUUUUAAAGUGUCUGGACCCCAUCCUCACAAUUGCUUGCACGCUAGCCUAUCGAGACCCUUUUGUCCUGCCAACCCAGGCCUCUCAAAAACGGGCAGCUAUGCUAUGUAGGAAACGCUUCACUGCAGGGACUUUCAGUGACCACAUGGCCCUUCUCCGAGCGUUCCAGGCAUGGCAGAAAGCACGAAGCGAUGGGUGGGAGCGAGCCUUUUGUGAAAAGAAUUUUCUUUCACAAGCUACCAUGGAAAUAAUCAUUGGCAUGAGAACUCAGUUGCUUGGUCAGCUUAGAGCAUCAGGCUUUGUUAGGGCACGAGGUGGUGGUGACAUUCGAGAUGUUAACACAAAUUCCGAGAACUGGGCUGUCGUUAAAGCUGCCUUGGUAGCAGGCAUGUAUCCUAAUUUAGUCCACGUGGACAGAGAAAAUGUCGUAUUGACAGGGCCGAAGGAGAAGAAAGUUCGGUUUCAUCCCACUUCAGUUCUCAGCCAGCCUCAAUAUAAAAAGAUUCCUCCAGCCAAUGGUCAGGCUGCAGCGAUUCUGGCACUGCCUACAGAUUGGCUUAUUUAUGAUGAGAUGACCAGAGCUCACAGAAUAGCUAACAUUAGAUGUUGUUCGGCAGUGACCCCCGUCACCGUGUUGGUAUUCUGUGGACCAGCGAGGCUGGCAAGUAAUGCUCUUCAGGAACCUUCAUCGUUUCGAGCGGAUGGUAUUCCUAAUGACAGUAGUGACAGUGAAAUGGAAGAUAGAACUACUGCUAAUUUAGCAGCUUUGAAACUUGAUGAGUGGCUCAAUUUCAAACUAGAGCCUGAGGCAGCCAGUUUGCUGCUGCAGCUCCGGCAGAAGUGGCACAGCUUGUUUUUACGCCGAAUGAGAGCACCAUCCAAACCCUGGUCUCAGGUUGACGAGGCCACCAUAAGAGCCAUCAUCGCUGUUCUCAGCACGGAAGAACAGUCUGCGGGCUUACAGCAGCCAUCGGGAAUAGGCCAGAGGCCAAGGCCUAUGUCUUCAGAAGAACUUCCUCUGGCAUCAUCUUGGAGGUCAAAUAACAGCAGGAAAACUUCGGCAGACACUGAAUUUUCAGAUGAGUCUGCUGCUGCAGAAAGAGUAUUGACAAAGUCUCCAUCUCCAGCACUGCACCCCCCUCAGAAGUACAAAGAUAGAGGGAUUUUACAUCCUAAACGAAGCACUGAUGACCGAUCGGAUCAGUCUUCUGUGAAAUCUACGGACAGCAGUAGCUACCCAAGUCCUUGUGCCAGCCCUUCUCCUCCAUCCUCAGGAAAGGGCUCAAAAUCUCCUUCACCAAGACCAAACAUGCCUAUUCGAUACUUCAUAAUGAAGAGUAGCAAUUUGAGAAACCUUGAAAUUUCUCAGCAGAAGGGUAUCUGGUCUACAACCCCUAGUAAUGAGCGGAAGCUAAAUCGAGCCUUUUGGGAAAGCAGCAUGGUUUACUUGGUAUUUUCUGUUCAAGGAUCUGGACAUUUCCAGGGAUUUUCUAGGAUGUCUUCUGAGAUAGGAAGGGAGAAGAGCCAGGACUGGGGCUCAGCUGGACUGGGAGGAGUAUUUAAGGUGGAGUGGGUCCGGAAGGAAAGUCUUCCCUUUCAGUUUGCUCACCACUUACUCAAUCCCUGGAACGACAACAAGAAAGUCCAGAUCAGCAGAGAUGGGCAGGAACUAGAGCCUCAGGUUGGCGAACAGUUGCUGCAGCUAUGGGAACGCCUUCCACUGGGAGACAAAACCGCAGCCGACUGACACUCAGUUUAUCUGCUCCUUGACUUUGAAUAUUGGCAGUAUUUGUGAUCAUUAAGGAUAUCUUUCAAAUUAUUUAUCGUUUUUUGUUUUUUUUUUUAACUCGUUUAGAGCUCUUAGCUACAGGAGAACGCUGUACUUAUUUAAAGCCACCAAAUGCACUGACUUCUAAAAACCGAGGUGGACAUGUUUGUUAGGAGUGGAUGGGCUUUUCUGGUUGAGAGUUUCUCUUAAGACCCACCAUCUUCACAAAAAAGAGAAAAGGGUAAUUUGCAUUUUUAUAGUGAUCGUAAAGAAUGAUUAUGUCAUGUUUGUUAAUUAUAUGUUUAUAAGUGAAUAAAAUAGUAGUAGUUUCAUUGUUUGGCACAACCGCAGUUGUUCGAACCAUACUUAAUUUUAAAGUUAAACUUUUCAUUUGUUGAAAACACUGACCUAUAACUCUUAAUUGACCUUUGAUUUUUUUGUAAUGCAAAGUAAAUUGUUUUAAGAAAAAGGCCUGAAUGUGUCAGUAUACCUGAGCACCAUUUUAGAACCAUCAACUCUUAAGUUUUGUUGUUAAAAAAUAAGCAAACAACCCAAUUCUAAAAAUGCCCCUUUUGAAAAUAGUGUGUGCUGAUUAAGGACUAUUCAUUCUGCCAUUUUAAACCUGAGAUACAUGAAGAAAAAACGGAGAGAUGUUCUUUUUCUUUGAUUAUGAAGUGCAGUAACAUCUGAAGGAAAUGAGCGAGUUCCUCACUCCUUGUCUUUGCUCAGAUCAGAUUUAGUGCUUAGUCUUAUUCCUGAUCCUCCUGCCUCUUAACCCAGUGUGCUGCAUACCAGUCUCUUCCUCCUGUCUUACAGCCUUCACACCUCUCUCGCAUGAGUGCUGUAAUUAUGUCCUCUUCGUUUUGGCUAGAGAAGCUUGAUUUAGACAAGUUAAAAAUGGAAACAAAUGAAACAUGUUAAAAAAAAAGUGCCUAACAGUUAGUGAGAGCUUUGGUUGGUGUAUGUCUUUCAAACUAAGGUCCCCAGCACCACAAUUCUGAACGCCUUUUAUUUGUUUUCUAGUACUUUCCAUCCUACUUACAUUUUUGGAUUUCUUAUUUUUUUGCAUUUAUGGUUUAAUAAAUGGGUAAUUUUUUAUAAACCUGUGUAGUGCCAACUCUCCUAUUUUUUUUUUUGUCAUCUCAGGAUUAUUUGAUAACUUUACCACCACUGUCUAUAAAAAGUUUCCCCGGAGGCUUUUUGAAGGGAAAUAAAGGUACAGGGAGAAAUGAAAGAAAUGUCUUGGUUAUUGAGCUCUAAAUAGAGCAGCUUUGAUAGCACGUCUCAUGAUAUAUUUGGGUUAUUGCUGCGUGAAGAAAAACCGACCUGAAUCUAAUUUAAAGACAAGAAGACAACUCCUCUAAGUUUUUUGCUUCUGCAUUUGAGAACAAAGAAGUGAAAAGUUAGGGUCACCAUAAGAUCUUGAAAAUCCUCCUUUCUCUUGGAAAGCGUUGUAUGUUGGCAUAGUAGCUUAGAACGGCAGCUGUGAUUUUUUUUGCCUAUUUUUGCCUUUUUGUAGUUAUUGGUUUUUGUUUGUUUUAUACUUCGAGAGAUACACCUGUAAAUUGAGCCUAUGUGAAUUAUGUUCUGCUCUAUGUGUAUUACAGUUCUUUUCCUAUUACAGAAACUUGUGUUUUUUCUGAUAAUGUAUAUACACUUUGUUGAGGUAUAUAUUUAGCGGUUUACGGUGUUCUAAAUUUGGAAGUGAGGACUUUUAAAAAAAAUAAAACUUGUUUUAAUUUCCUUCUGUUUUCUAAUAUCUAGCUCUGUAUGUAAAUGAUGGGUUUGUUGAUAUUUAAAAUGAACACAAUUUAAAUGUAAUUAAAAUGCUGUUUUUGGAAGAGAUGAACUUUAAAUACACUCAUUAAAUGAAAUUCUGUUAAAAUA